GUUCUACGGGAAGUGAGAGUGAAAAUCCAGUAGGAUUCACGGAUAUCAUUAGGGAUUUUCCUUCAAUUAUUAUUUUUAUUUCGAAGCUGCUUUGCCUCAAGAAAAACAAGUGGACAUAACUAUUUUAACUAGAUAACAAAACACAACCCUGGCCAUGUCUGAGACAUACGACUUCCUGUUCAAAUUCCUAGUGAUUGGGAAUGCCGGAACUGGAAAAUCAUGUCUUCUUCACCAGUUUAUUGAGAAGAGAUUCAAAGACGAUUCGAAUCACACCAUUGGAGUGGAGUUUGGCUCAAAGAUAAUCAAUGUGGGGAACAAAUAUGUCAAACUCCAAAUCUGGGACACUGCAGGACAAGAAAGAUUCAGAUCUGUGACGCGGAGUUACUACAGAGGCGCUGCAGGAGCGCUGCUUGUGUAUGACAUCACCAGCCGGGAAACCUACAACGCCCUGACCAACUGGCUGACAGACGCCAGGAUGCUGGCCAGCCAAAACAUUGUCAUCAUCCUGUGUGGUAACAAGAAGGACUUGGAUGCAGACAGGGAGGUCACCUUUCUGGAGGCGUCUCGCUUUGCUCAGGAAAAUGAGCUGAUGUUUCUGGAGACCAGUGCUCUGACAGGGGAGAACGUGGAGGAGGCCUUUGUGCAGUGUGCUAGGAAAAUUCUCAACAAGAUAGAGUCGGGAGAGUUGGACCCGGAGCGGAUGGGAUCAGGGAUCCAGUACGGAGACGCGGCGCUGCGACAGCUGCGCUCCCCUCGCAGGGGACAGGCCGAGAGCGCCCAGGAAUGUGGCUGUUAGUGAACAAGCUCAGUGUGCCCAGAUCCAAGGCAGGUUGUUGAAGACUCAGAUGACAGAUGUAGGGAACAUGAUACAUCGUGGCGGAGCAACUCUUCCCUGACCUUUUUCUAACUUCCCAACUUCCGGAUGUUCCAUCAGUGAUCCAUAGAGAGUCCCGGAUUUUUGGCCCCAAUCUGGAAUGCUGAGCUUGUUCCUGGACCCCUCAGACACAGGCAGAGAUGCCCCUGUUCCAAUCUCCUCUAAGAGUGGACCAAGCCCUUCAAUCAUCUAGGCUGUAUUCGUAAUGCGUCUCUAAGUCGGAGUGCUGAUAUUAUUUAUUUUUCCUCUUAGAUCAUAAUGAAUAAGACAACAUGGACAAGGGGACCUGAUCCUCGAUCAGCACACUUAAUCAGAGACGCUAAAUGAUUACGGGCCCUGGAAUUUUACUUACACCCCUGUACUGCUGCCCUAUCCCUACCCACAGCAUCUUGCAUUAUGUACAGUACUAUCUGUAUAAAGAAUAUAUCAUUUAAGUACCUCAAAGCAUGUUUUAUGGACUGAAUAUCACAGUAUUUCAUUAUUAGCUGAAGAAUAAUCUAUCAAUUAUGACAUCACAUUUCCUUUGUCAUGUUACGGUGAGAAUUAUCAAUUAGCACUGUCUCAUGCCUGCUGGUGUCAUCGACCUGUUGUUUGUCAUGUUACGGUGAGAAUUAUCAAUUAGCACUGUCUCAUGCCUGCUGGUUUCAUCGACCUGUUGUUUGUCAUGUUACGGUGAGAAUUAUCAAUCAGCACUGUCUCAUGCCUGCUGGUUUCAUCGACCUGUUGUUUGUCAUGUUACGGUGAGAAUUAUCAAUCAGCACUGUCUCAUGCCUGCUGGUUUCAUCGACCUGUUGUUUGUCAUGUUACGGUGAGAAUUAUCAAUCAGCACUGUCUCAUGCCUGCUGGUUUCAUCGACCUGUUGUUUGUCAUGUUACGGUGAGAAUUAUCAAUCAGCACUGUCUCAUGCCUGCUGGUGUCAUCGACCUGUUGUUUGUCAUGUUACGGUGAGAAUUAUCAAUCAGCACUGUCUCAUGCCUGCUGGUGUCAUCGACCUGUUGUUUGUCAUGUUACGGUGAGAAUUAUCAAUCAGCACUGUCUCAUGCCUGCUGGUUUCAUCGACCUGUUGUUUGUCAUGUUACGGUGAGAAUUAUCAAUCAGCACUGUCUCAUGCCUGCCAUUCCAUUGACCUGUUUGUCAUGUUCUUUGUGUUGAUAUUAUUAGUUGUUUUCCCUAAUUGUUAUGACUCAUGCUUUUAAAAAUGUAUUCUCAAUAAUAUAGCUACUCUUUUUUUUUUUAAUAAAGUAUAUCAAAAUUG